UCCACCGCCUGUCGUUGUUGUUUUGACAGCUCGGAGUGAACAGUAAAGUACACACCGGUCUACUGACAGCUAUCAAAGCUUUCUGCGGCUAUAUCUGAGCAGUGUUCGAGCAGGACAACCGACUCGACCCAACACUGACAACACGGUUCACUUCCAGGUGGUGAGAGUCCAUGAGUCGCAGUCGGAACGCCCCUCCCCGGGGUCAAGGGGCAGCUCGAGCCAAACAGAUGGGGCUGCUCCUUGACCUGUCCCCGGAUGGAGGGAUGGAUGAUGAGGGCAACGAUGAAGACCUGGAGGCAGAGCUGCUGAAUCUGAUCGGGGAAGGAGGAGGAAGGCCACAGGGGAGGAAAAGUGAAGGGAGAGCUCCUGUUCACAUGGCAGAAAUCGAGCGAAUGGCAGCCCUUUGCAUGAAAGACGUGGAAGAUGAAGAAAUAGGGGAUGACGAUCUUGAUGAUGAAGAUCUGCUGGCAGAGCUUAAUGAAGUUUUGGAGGAUGAUGAGGAACCAGCUCCAGCUCCCACUCCCCCUGCGGUCUCACCAGCUGCUCCCAAAGUGACUGUCACAUCUCACUCUGCUGUUCCUACUGGUGCAACGGGGCUGGAGGCUCGCCUGCUGGAACGUAUUGAAAUGUACAAGACUGCUGUUUCUAAUGCCAAGGCUGCAGGGGAGACCAGCAAAGUUCGACGAUAUGACCGAGGGUUAAAGACCCUACAGUCCAUGUUAACAUCUGUCAAGAAAGGAAAACCAAUCAAUGAGGAAGAGAUGCCUCCUCCCGUUGCUCUCGGUGGAAAACCCAGUGUUACUGCGGAGUCUGAAUCCGUCAAGGAACGAGAACUGCCAGAGCCAGCACUGAUGCUCUCUCCACCCGACAAUCAGAAACCUCUGAGGGAGGCUCCUCCAACAACCCCUAAUACAAAGCCGCUCCUUCUGACCCCACCCCAAAAGCCUGCAGCUGCCAUCACUCCAGAAACCCCUGCAAUCUCUCCACUCACCCCCAGCCAGCCGGAUGCACAGCACUCUGAGCUGAAACAGGCAGUAUUGUCCAGACAGAGGGAGUACAAGAUGGCUGCCAUAAAUGCCAAACAGAGCGGAGACAUUGACCAGGCCAAACAACUCUACCUCACUGCCAAGAAGAUGGACACGCUGGUGGAGGAAAUGGACAGAGGUGAACUGGUAGACCUGAGAUCACUACCUCCCCCUCCUGGAGAUGUAUUAGUUGAACACCGUGCACCUCCUGCUCCUCAGUCUUCCUUCAAACCAGCUGCCCCUGCUGCUCCUACUGCUCCUGCUCCCGCCAGUGUGGCCCCGGCAGACCUUCCUGCUCCCAGUAGUCUGGCAGAAGCCCUGCAGCAGAGGUUGGACGUCUACAAGUCAGCAGCAGAGGGCGCUAAGAGCAAAGGGGAUGAUCGAAAGGCUCGCAUGCAUCAGCGAAUUGUCAAGCAAUACCAGGAUUCCAUCAAAGCUCAUAAAGCUGGACGGCCUAUCAACAUGGCCGAGCUCCCAGUGCCGCCAGGCUGUCCGCCACUGCAGGGCUCAGAGGGGGGUCAGCAGCAGAACUUCAUUGGUGUUCUGGAAACAGCUAUGAAAAUAGCUAAUCAGGAUGCCGAUGCAGAAGAUGAUGAAGAGGAUACUCCAACAGAGGCUGCCAAGCCUGCAGUGCGCCCAUCCGCCCAGAAAGCUAAGUCUCCUGCUCCACAGCCCCCUGGAGGCUCCGCAGUUGUGAAACUGGGACACAAAGCUCAGCAGCAAGUGGAUUUCCUGUUGCUAAGGAGACAGGGGUUUUUGCGCGCAGCUCUGCGCUCCAAACAGAUGAAGGACAUGACGGGAGCAGCGCAGCACCUCAGACAUGCCAAGGGUCUGGACCCCAUGAUCAAUGCUGCCAAGUCUGGCCUGCUUGUUGAUGUCACCAAGAUUCCCGACGCCCCGGAAGAGGACUACUCUCUGUCUCGCUCCCGUACGUCCCCUGUCUCCCCUCGCUCCAGUGAACAGUACCACGGCCUUAUGGAUCUUUUACGGAAGCAGCACGAGAAAUGUCUGAGCUCCUCCCAGCAGUUCACAAAAGUGGGCAAUAUAGCUGAGGCUCUGAAGAUUGAGAAGCUGGCUGAGGAGUGUUUGAAGAACAUAGAGAUACUGAAGAAGGCCCACGCCAAAGGCCACCCAGUCCCCAAGUGCCACACAGAAGAGAGGACCUUCAAUUCUUUCAAGAGCUACUCCAACCUGACACUUAAUGACCUGAUGCUGUACAUAAUCAAAGGCAUUAAUCUGCCAGCUCCCUCAGGUGUCUCAGCUAACGAUCUGGAUGCAAGUGUGAAAUUUGAGUUUCCCUUCCCCAGUGUGGAGGAGGCUCAGAGAGACAAAACCAGCACGGUAAGGAGCACCAACAGCCCAGAGUUUAAAGAGCAAUUCAAACUCAACAUCAACCGCUCCCAUCGAGGCUUCAAACGAGUCGUCCAAUCAAAAGGAAUCAAGUUUGAAAUCAUCCACAAAGGAGGCUUGUUUAAGACGGACAAAGUAGUGGGCACAGCUCAGCUGAAGCUAGAGGCUCUAGAUAACCACUGUGACAUUAGAGAGAUCAUAGACGUGAUGGAUGGACGUAAAGCCACAGGCGGCAAAUUGGAGGUGAGGGUGAAGAUCAGAGAGCCUUUAUCUGGAGUUGAUCUCCAACCAGUGACAGAGAAGUGGCUCGUACUCAUUCCAGUCUCCUCCCUCUCUCCUCCAGAGAAACAAAAGGAACGGGCUCCAUCUCCUCGAUCUAAACCCAGACAUGAAGGGAGCAGCAGGAGCAGUCAUCCCAACAACUCUCCUCCACAGUAUAAACUCCACAGCUUCAGCCUCCUCAACUAUGACAAGGAACGGGUGGAGAGGAAGAUCGCAGAGUACCAAAAGAACAAGCGGGACCCUCCGCCUGACCUCAUCCACCAACACAAACAGGUCACACACAGACUGCAGUGGCAGAAAGCACAGCUGGAGCGAGCCUCUCCUGCUCUGCUGACAGAAUAUGAAAAUGUGCUGCGGCGCCUGGUCCAAGGACUUGCUGACUCAGUGAAGAAAUACUCCAGCCAAGGCAACAGAGAUGCUGCCAAGGAUGCACUUGGCAGGGUGAAGAUGGUAGAGAGUGAACUGGAGUCCCUUACGAGGAAACGUGCUCGAUAAGAGGAGAAAAGGGGAGCAGAGAUUUGACUGGAGGACUGUUGGUUGUUUUGGGUUUUUUUUUUCAUCUCUCUCUGUCUCAUUCAAUACUCAUUCACAUACAAACACUACGGUUUGAUACUUGGGGCACGUUUAGCAUGACUCUGUGCUGCUCAUGUCCAUGACAACUGCAUGUACCAACCUGCUAAUUCCGUCUGAGAUCAUAUAACUUGCGUCACUUGUGAUUGUCGCCUGUCCCAAUAGCUGAGAAAGAACCUGCAACAACAAAGGGACAGAAAUUAAAGCUUAUAUUAUGUAAUGUGUUAAAGAGGUAAGGGAGAGCCAGGCUUAUUUGCACUUAAACAAAAAGACACUACAGCUUCUGAAGGACAGAUUUUACUCCCACUCUGUAGAUUUUUUUAUAUUUCCGUCUUUCCAUUGAGAAUUGCUGGUGAGAGCUGUAAAAAAAACCUGACACCAGCUCAGAGUCUUUUGAUGUCCAUAGAUGACCAAAAAGUGUGCAUGUGCGUGUGUGAGCCUGCUCUGAAGUGUGUUUAACCAGUGGACUGAGGUGUUUUUAACCCCUUUCCCCCAUAUUUUAUGUGUGUAAUGAGCUUAAUCUAAUCUGUCUGCUCCAGUGUUCCCAGAUUACAGUAAUCUGCUCCGUUUGGAGUGGUGUGAUAUGGGAAUAAAAAAAAAAAAACCACAGCUACAGCCUACAACCCAUAAUGAGGGAUUAGUGUUUGUGUCACCAAGGAGACGACUAGAUCAGACGUAGAGUCGCAUUUGGGGCCGUGGAGAGGGGGUGUUAACAGCGUACCAUGAUUGUGGUUGAAGCUUAACCCUGCUAAAGUAUUACAGCUUCUGCUUCUUCUCCGCCAUCAGCCGUUUCUUUGUUGUUUCCUUCAUCUUCACUUUCGUCACACUAAUUCAGAGAUUAUUGAGUAAUACGUUGCUUCUUUUGGAUUUUCUUUGCAAUAUUAGGUCUAUUGUGCUGCUGAGUAGAAAAUAAUUAGUGACCACUACGUCAGUGUUCUGCCAUUUUCUGCAGAUUUUUGGUGUUUGCAGUUUACAAAAACACUGAAAGAUACUGUCCCUCUAAAUGAGCUCUGCAGUGGUGGCACAGCCGGAUGCUGAAUAGUCUGCCCACACGAGGACGGCCCUGUAUCUGUCAGUAAGCCUGGGCAAUUGCUCAUUUCUAUUUCUGUUUCCCCAUAGACAUCCCUGUCAUAGGCGUCUCUGCAAUUCUUCUCUCUACCUGUUUUUUUCACUUAAAAUCAAGGUAUCUGGUAAAACUUUGACAGUUGUAAAAAAUUCCUACUGACUAAGACAGACACCUUGAGAAUAAAUCGUUUACCCUAAAAGACCAAAACAGCCAGUUGUGUGACACUUGUAAUUUUUUACAAAUGUGUCAUUAACUGCCACACAUACUCUGCUGUGGGGACAGAUGUCUCAGAUGGAUGUGUUUGAUGACCUGCUAACCUGACAGCAGAUCCAUGUCCACUGUACACAGCCAGGAUGUAGCUGACUUAUGCUAUGUUUAUAUUUGACUCUUCUGGGUUGAUGAUGUUUGGUAACUCCACUAAUAGUGUUUUUGGUCACGUGGCAGAGCAGAGACUUGUGUGUUUGCCCUAAUCCACCCACCAGCUCGCUCCAUUAGCAAAUAAUCCCGGUUAAAGAUGCAGCUCUCCAUAGACUGAGAUUUUUUUUUUAUCUAACCCCCCCCUACUCCCUUUAACCUCAGGAGGGGUUAUCCUCUGACUCUUUGUAAAUGGAACAUUAUGGUGCCUUUGAUUUGAUUCGAUUUGAAGUUUCCAUUUAUUUCUGUGCUUUUGUAAAAUCCUUUACUCUUAAAACUGUUUCAGUUUGAUCUAAACAUUUGACUCAUUGAGUUGUGUCAACUCAAUUCAGUUCAGGCUAAUUUAAAGGAUCCACUAACAGCUUUUCAUUCUAUAUGAAAAUGAAUUGAAACCAAUGGCUACCUGAAACA